CGAUCGUGCGCAACCAACAGCGGCCGAUCGCCCAAGCGUAGCGCACGCGUCGUGCACGUUCUCUCAUACGUGUCUCUUCUUAUCUCGCGCCGCUCCGACUUUCUCUCUCUCUCUCUCUUUCUUUCUCUCGGCUUUUCGGAGGUGGCGCCUCCACUUCGCGCUCGCGGCGCGCACGUCCUUCUUCCUGCGGGGCCUCAACUCGCGCCCUCUCGCUCGCACCCGCGCUUCGGUCUCUCGCUUCGUCCUCUACUCUCCUCCCUUUUCGCCCCGUGCCCUCGCGCGCGACGACGACGACGCGCCGAACCACACGAACGGAAGAAGCGCGUCAUACGUGACCCAGCUUGACCCGCGUCAUUCGCGUUCGCGCGUGUGCCGGUACGAUUUUCGUUGCGUGUUCCGUGCUUUCCUCGCGUGGACGGUCGCCUGUCGCGCGACAGUUCUCCGCUUCAGUGUGCUUCGAGGUUAGCGAGUGGACGGCGGUUACUUCGGGGGAGAAGAAAGAUGUGGGCCGGUCAGGACGACACGCAGAGAUUCAAGACCAGGGUGUUGAAACCACCUGGUGGCGGCAGCAGCGACAUUUUCGGCGCGGCCCCGGAAGAGACGAGCCCUCGACGCAUCAAGGCUCACAAUCAGUCCCAGCUGGGCUCGGCCCUUUUCGGCGACACCAACGGCGUCGACGGCCCGACUGCUGCGGUGUCGCGCAGCAGCAAGCCUGGUAAUGAUUCAUACAAACGUCUGUUUGGCCCCCCCGAUGCCCCACCCACCCCAAACGCGAGAAAUCACAUGCGCAGCAAUAUUCCCCUCAGCGGGGGAUCGUCGAUUUCGUCAUUAUCGUCAGGCACCGCGACCUCGCCUGCGAAGAGCACGGCCAGCAGCAACUCUACGUCGGGCUUCGCCAACGGCUAUGCCAGCAACGGCAGCAAUUCCUUCAAUGAUAUGACAGCUUUUAGGAGAAAGAAACGAUUUCGAGGAUUGCCGGCGCGCAACCCAGUCACCGGAGAUGGAAUCGAGGUGACGCCCGUGAGGCGCAUCCCACGAAAGUAUCGAGAUGGCAACCCGGUAACCGGAACCGGCUACGCGUCCGAGGUGCAGAAGAACGGACUGGUCAUGCAGAACGGAACCGCCAGCUCGAAUUCCAGCAUCAGCGGCGAGAAGUCGAACGACACGUCACCGGCGUCGGCAAAACCGCCGUCGCGCACCCGCGUCCCGCCCGGUGGCUAUUCAUCCGGACUCUGGUAAAGGGCGACGUCGUCACCGGGGUCGUCUCGUCUCUCCCCCACCGGAGUGAUGCACCCCGAUUAAUUUUUUUUCGGCCCUGUACUCUUUAACCCAUUAAAGCCCGCAGACCCACCUAGAGCCUUCUAAUCGUCGUCCAUAGAACGUUCCGAGCGGAAGUCUAUUUUGCCACUGUAUACUCAAUGGAUAAUACCUUUUCUAUGAUUUUUCUAGAGAUAUUAUACAUAAUAGAGAGAAAGAAAGUGAGAGAGAGAGACGAGAUAAUAUAAAUCGUGGGCUUUAGUGGAUUAACACAUGGUUCUCUUUCGCUUUGUACUAAUUCAAGGAAAUACAUAGAGAGAAGUAAAAGAGUAAACGUGUUCUUAGGCCUCUUGAUUCUCGGUUAACGAUUAACUCUUUCGGUCUUAAGAGAGAACUGUAGGAUUGACUUCGAAUGUAAUACGUGCUGAUAAUCACUUCUUUCAAAAACAUUUAGCGAUGUUUAUUGUCAGGGCCGAAAGGGUUCAGCGAAAGAGCAGACGAAAGUAAUAGUGAAAUCGUGGAUCCCCCAAAUGUUUACAACACAGAAACGAGCAAGGAGUUGCGUUCGAUCAGCAACGGUAAAGAUCGCGUGUCUAAAUUUAUUGAGAUGAGAUUUUCUAAAUUUUCUGAAUUUUAAUCGCGCAUGGGAUUUAUUUUCACACAAAAUUAAUUACGUCGAUCGAGAAACAAAAAGGUCUCCAGAUAUUUAAGCUUCUGACUUCUUCAACGUGGAAGACGGGAACGCGCGCGCAAGAGUGAACAGAUUCCAGGUUUCUUGAACAUAAAUUGCCAGUUCUUCAAUUAGCAACUCCGACACAUGGAUUUUUAUCGCGUAACUGUAUAGAGGUAGGUUAAAGCGAUCAUCGCGCGUAACAUAUUUUCGCGCGCCAGUCGGUGAACGAUUCGCGAGUCGUAAAUUACUAUACGCAAGGAAGCGCGAUUUCCUAUCGGCAACGAUUUACAUGAUAAUGAGCCGUAUGAAGCGGGGGAGAGCAAGUAACUCUCGGUAGAAGCGAAAGCAUUUGUUUUAAAAUGGAAAAAUAAUUAAAAUAUAUGAGACUUGUAAUCUCAAGAGUUAGGCUAAACCUAAGAGGGAAAAGAUGUUUGCUCGAAGUACUUAUUUUGAAAUAUUAGCUGAUCUCGCGGGAAACUCGCUUGUUUCCCGUAUCAAUCAAUAAACUGAUCAUAAAACUGUAAUAUAACAUCAAUGUUAAAAUUACACUGAGAAAAAAAAUUAAGGUAUUAGCAAGCGAAUGUUUCUUAUGACGUUUUCUUCGAUAUUUAUUAAUUAAAUGUGAUUGUGAUGAUGAAAUAGAUUUCUGAAAUAUAUUUUAUUUUUGUGAAAUAUUUAAUUUUUUUUUAUUAGUUCAUUUGUUAGGAAUUUUAUUUCGCAGUAUUUAAAUAUUCAUUUCAUUGAAGUAAACUUAUAUCCUACAUAUAAAUUAUGAAGUAUCUUUCUCUCAGUGUUUCACCAUAUUCAAUUCGUUGAUAUUUGUCAACUUAGAGGCUCCGAUAUUUUCACUCAUGUUUUCUGAAGUGUUUGGCUUUGAUGAAUGAGAGCAUUGUACGUUUAUUCGUGCGAUUCCGAACGAUCUGUCCCGUCGAAUGAUUGCGACAUUUUGCUCGUUUCCAAUGUUGCGCGUCAAUCCAUUUAAUCAAAGAAUUCGCUCCCACCUCGAGGUGAAGGGCAACGAUACAUAUAUUCACGUACACAUAUACUAAGAUCGUAGGACUGCGAUCAUUAUUGUACAAUGCGGCGUUUGAUUAGGAAUGAGAACGGGAAAAAAAAUCGUUGCACCAAUCAAUCCUGCCAAGCGUCGAAGAGAUAUAUAUUGGAAAAAAAUAUCAGAACAUGCAAUUAAUGGGAUAAUUAACACUUUGAAUGGAGUAACCGUGGAUUCAUGGUAAAAAAUGUUAAAAAAAAAAAAAUAGGGAUGAAGCAUUCAAGUCGCGAAUGACUGAACGUGAGAGGAAUGGACUGAAAAGUAGCAGCAGCGCGUUUGACAAUGAAAUUGUGAGAUGGAGACCUCGGAGCUGUACAUUAGAAGUGGCAUGUGUUAUUUCGAGAAAAUAAAAGUGUACCAUAUAUAACCCAUUAAAACCAA